AUGUCUGCCCUCAAGAAAAUUGCUAUUGCUGGAGCUUCUGGCAACCUUGGCCCCGCCAUUCUUACCGCUCUCCGAGAGUCAAAGCUCUUUGAAGUGACAGUCUUGACUCGCCAGGAAUCCAACCACAAGUUUCCUCAAGACGUCAAGGUCAAGCCCGUUGAUUAUGCUUCCAAGCAGUCAUUGGCGACCGCCCUUCAAGGUCAAGAUGGCCUCGUGUCAACACUCUCUAUUUUUGGAAUCGAGUCCCAAAAGACUCUUGUCGAUGCUGCUAUCGAGGCAGGCGUACGGAGAUUCAUCCCGUCUGAAUUCGGCAGCGACACUCUGAACCCGAAGGCGGCUGGUAUCCCUAUUUUCGGACCCAAGCUUCAGGUGCAGGAAUACCUCAAGGAAAAGGCAGUUGAGAAGCCUAGCUUCUCGUAUUCCCUUGUUUUCCCUGGCACGUUCUUGGACUGGGGCCUCGCUGCCGGCCUGCUUGUGGAUUUGAAAGGCAAGUCUGCCACCCUCAGGGACGGUGGCGAUGUUCCUUUCAGCGCAUCCAGACUGUCAACCAUUGGCCAGGCCGUCGUCGGAGUGUUCUCGCACCCGCAGGAAACGGCCAACCGGGCGGUCCGCGUCAAGGAUCUCGAUGUGACUCAGAAUCAGCUCAUUUCCAUUGCCAGAGAAAUUGAUGCCAGUGGGGAGUGGAAGAUUGAGCAUACCAACACCGCGUCGGACGAGAAGGAGGCUCUCGCGAGCCUGGCUGGAGGUCAGACUGAUGAAGGAGUUAUCUUGAAGCUGCUUUUCCGGGCUGUAUAUGGAGAGGGAUAUGGGGGUAGGAUUGAGAAUGAUGAUAACGAAUUGCUCGGGGUCGAGGGUUUGGACGCCAAGGGAUUGAAGGCAGUUGUAAAGGCGGCCCUGUGA